CGCACAUCUACAAGCAAUGUCCCCAUGCUGAAUUUGGCUGCAAAACUUAUAUCUUUUAUUUAUAAUAACCACACAAGAUUUGAAACUAAACGUAUUUCCAAGACUGCUUGAGUUAAACAGAAAUAGAAAGAGAACGGACCGUGUGCGACCAUGAAGAUAAAACGACAGAAACAAGCCAAGAAAACGAUUUCCUUCCACAAAUACAACUUCAGCUUCAGGGAGCCUUUCCAUAUCCUCCUGGACGGGACUUUCUGUCAGGCUGCGCUGAAGAACAAGAUUCAGAUCAAGGAGCAGAUGCCAAAAUAUCUCAUGGGUGAGGUUCAGCUGUGCACCACGAACUGUGCUCUGAAAGAACUGGACACCCUUGGGAAGGAGCUGUACGGAGCUAAAAUCAUCCUGCAGAGGUUCCAGGUCAGGAAUUGUGCUCACUUCAAGAACCCAGUCCCGGCCUCAGAGUGCCUGCUGUCCAUGCUGGAGGAGACAAACCCACACCACUACUUUGUUGCAACACAGGACCGCACAGUGACUGAAGGACUGAAGAACAUUCCCGGAGUUCCUCUGCUCUACAUCAUCCUGAACACCAUCGUGCUGGACAAGCCCAGCCAGGCGUCGCUGGACCAGGUCCAGGCCGUGCAGCUGGGGGAGCUGGUGAGCCCGGCCCAGCAGCACAGCAUCCGCAGCCUGAAGGAGCAGCAGGGCAUCGCACCGCAGGACGGAGAGAGGCGAGGGAAGAAGAGGAAAAGGAAGCAGAGCAAUCCCAACCCCCUGAGCUGCCUGAAAAAGAAGAAAAAGAAAGGAGUUCCGACACCACCGCCGUCAAAGACGGCAACAGGGGAAAAGAAGAAAAGAAGUCGACACAAGAAACGAAAGACGGAAACAGACAUAACGGCCGCUCCUGCAAUUACAAAUGCACAGUGAAACGUGAAGAAAGACUUCAGCCUUUUGUUUUUGAUUCAAGUUCAUUAAAGAUUUUCAUGGAUACAUCAAUCCAAUUUAAAACAAUGCCACUCUUACUACUGGUGGGUUUUGCAAAUGUUAUUCCAGUUAAUAAAUCCACUUUUGACUUUUUAAA